AAACAGCGGAAAACGUCAAAAUCUGAAAGUUACACGAUUGCUGCUGUGCACUCUUCUGCGAUAAAAGUUGUUUCGCAAGAUCGAAGUUUUCACAAUAAUUUUCGGAAUUUCAAACGCAUUUACCUUAUUUAGCUGACCCGGGACCUACUCGCCCUGGUAGUGCAAAGUUUGUCUCUGAGCCGUUACUGACGAAAAAAUGAUCCGCGCAGUGUCUCAAACAAUUCGACAGCCGCUAAGGCGAUGGAGUGCCAGCACUGGCGUAACCGGUCAACAUGGAGCCAAUCUGCUGCACCAAUCCUACAACGAAAGACUGUCCGAGGUUCAGGUCCGGUACAAAUCGACACCUAUCAAUACGGUUAUCAUGUUUGUUCCCCAGCAAGAGGCAUGGAUUGUCGAACGGAUGGGUAAAUUUCACCGAAUCCUGGAGCCCGGUUUAAACGUGUUACUGCCGAUAGUAGACCGCGUCAAAUACGUCCAAAGUUUGAAGGAAAUUGCCAUCGAUGUUCCGAAACAGUCUGCAAUUACCUCAGAUAACGUAACUCUUAGUAUCGACGGCGUCCUGUACUUGCGGAUUCUCAAUCCUUAUCAUGCAUCGUAUGGGGUUGAAGAUCCCGAAUUUGCCAUCACUCAGCUGGCCCAGACAACGAUGAGAUCCGAGUUAGGCAAGAUGUCCUUGGAUAAAAUCUUCCGGGAACGUGAAUCGCUCAACAUAAGCAUCGUGGAUUCGAUCAACAAGGCCUCGGAAGCUUGGGGCAUUUCCUGCCUUCGGUACGAAAUUCGUGACAUAAAACUGCCAAGCCGUGUCCACGAAGCUAUGCAAAUGCAAGUGGAAGCAGAGCGUAGGAAACGUGCUGCCAUUCUAGAGUCUGAAGGUGUUAGAGCCGCCGAAAUCAACGUCGCUGAGGGUAAACGCCAGUCUCGCAUUCUUGCCUCUGAGGCCCAAAAGCAAGAAGAGAUCAAUCGCGCCAAUGGUGAGGCAGCGGCGCUUAUUGCUGUGGCGGACGCCCGUGCCAAGGGUCUGAGGGUAGUCGCAGAAUCCUUGCUGUCCAAGCAUGGCAGAGAUGCGGCAUCGUUGGCCGUGGCGGAAAAAUAUGUCAAUGCAUUCGAGAACCUCGCCAAGGAGAACAACACGCUUAUCGUCCCGUCGAAUGCAGCGGACAUUUCCGCCAUGGUUGGUCAGGCCAUGCAAAUCUAUAAGAGCCUCUCGAGACCCCCGGCGAAGCAGAUAGAGCCUGAAAGUGAACCUCCGAUGGAAAGUACAAUGUAUGAAGCUGAUGAUGUUGCUGCUAAGAGAGAUACCUCUAAAUUUACAGAAUAAUCUCAUUCGGAGACCAAGGCGAGGGUUUUGAAAAAUAAUAUGCUUAACAGAUCAAGAUUUUAAUUGGCGCUCUAGGAAAAGUGAAAUCGUUAUGAUACGCAAGUUGGUUUGGCACCUGAGAGGAGACACUACAGGAGAAGUAUUUUGGAAGACCCACUUAAAUGGUUGAUGUAAAUAAAGUUUAAGGUAAA